AUGGAUUAUUUCAAGAACCACAGCUAUAUUCAAUUGGUGUCGGUUCUCGACCGUUGUCAAUCGCAGUUGCUGACUUUUGCAACAAUACAGACAUUUCCUAUUAGCUCAGGAUUUCAUCCAGAUUCCAUCGUUAUCGGUGACUUCAACAAAGAUAACAUAUUAGACGUAGCUAUCGCCGAUUCUGAAAACAACAAUAUUCCUGUACUUCAUGGAUCAAGUAAUGGUACCUUAACUACUCGUGAGACACAUUCAACUGGUGCUAAUUCGACUCCGAUGGUUUUGGCCGAGGGUGAUUUCAAUAACGACCAAUAUGUUGCUAAAACAUUUGCAAAUCAAACAACAUAUUUCACUGGAGCUUACGCUUUCUCAAUAUCGGUCGCUGUAGGUGAUUUUGAUGAAGAUAGCGUUCUCGAUAUUUCUGUCGCUAAUCGUGAUAAUAAUAAUGUGGGUGUAUUCAUUGGGCAUGGUGAUGGAAAUUUUGCACCACUAACAAUAUAUUCAACUGGAGACAGUUUUGAGCCAGAGAUGUUUAUCGUUCGUGACUUAAACAAUGACAAUAGACCCGAUAUUAUAAUUAGUAGCCAACCGUUUUUAAGUACGAAGUCCUAUUCAACGGACAAUGAUUCGCACCCACAAUCUAUCAUCAUUGCAGAUUUGAACGAUAACUCUCGUAUGGACAUCAUUGUCGCCAACUACGGCAAAGAUAAUAUUAGUAUAUUACUUGGAUAUGGGAAUGAAACUUUUAUGGAACAAAUCACACAUGCGACUGGCCGUGGCUCGAAAUCGAAACCUCGUUCAAUUGCUUUUGGCUAUUUUAAUAACGAUACUCUAUUAGAUAUCGUUGUUGCUAAUGCUGGUACCAAUAAUGUCGGUAUACUUCUUGGCUAUGGCAAUGGAAUCUUUUCGAACAUAACCUUAUAUUCAACUGACGAUUCUGUAAGUCCUUCUUCAGUUGCGGUGAGUGAUUUCAACAACGACAAAUACCUUAACAUCGCUAAGGUCAACGCUGACUCAAAAAUAAUACUUUUAUUGUACGGAAACAGCAAUGGCACUUUUGAAAAUGCGAAGUCCUAUUUAUUAGAGUAUGAAUCUCGACCAUACUCAGUAGCUGUUGGUGAUUUCAACAGAGACAAUUGGAUAGAUAUCGCAAUUGUAAAUUACGGGACCGAUAAUGUUAAUAUUAUAGUACAGAUAUGCAAUGCUCCCUAA